UGCUUCCGCCUGCGGCCGCUCCGGGAAGAGGGAGCGGUGCCGUGCGGCCAUGUGGGCGCCACCUGCAGCCCUGGAGGAGGGCGAGCGUCAUGGCGGCGGUUUGCUCCCUCCCCAGGACCCCGGACCUGCCCACGCUGCACGCCAAGCUGCAGGAGCUGCUGCGCUUCCUGAGGGGCGCCCUGCCCAUUUCGAGCGCGCACACGGUGGACUUCUACACCGAGUCGCUCUGGCAAGAGCUGGUCGACCUGCCCCCCGACGGCGUGCUGGCGGCGCUGAGGGAGGCGGCGGCGGAGGCCGGGCCGCGGGAGGGAUCAGGUUUUAUUGCUCUCCCCCAAGUGUUUUGUGAAACGUCUCAGAAGCUGUUGAGCACAGAAGCCUUUGCUCUGGCUGCCAAGCACUACUCUGUGCAAAGCUUGGGGCUGUGUACUCCUUUUGAGCAGCUGCUUACCGCCCUUCAAGUAAACAAAGAGCAGAGAACUGGUGAAAAUGUGAAGGCAAUUAAGUUUAUGAAUACAAAGAAAUCUCAUGAGGUUCAGGCAAUGUCAGAGCUAAUCUGCAGCAUUGCUGAUUACUGUGGUGUAAAGCAGAUAAUUGACGUGGGUUCUGGUAAAGGCUACCUAAGCUCCUUUUUGUCCUUAAAGUAUGGUUUAAAUGUUUAUGGCAUCGAUUCUUCAAAUACUAAUACUCAUGGAGCUAAGGAGAGAAACAGGAAGUUGAAGAAACAUUGGAACCUGUAUUGUGCUCAGACAAGAGGAGAUGCCCAUGGACUGGCAUUAAAAAUGCCGGAAGAAAAGAAAGUGCAAAAGGAAGUAAAGUGUAAGGGAGAUUUUGAGAGUGCACUGAAGAACAGUCAUGUGACUCAAGACUUGUCUGCCGAUGUUUUGCCAGAGUGUUCAAAGUUGGCAGGUUCAGUCAUCAGGAAAUGGCAAGGAAAUCUGCAUGCUCAGCCACUUGAACAUGCCUUUUCUCUCACGGACAUUUUGCCUAUUGAUGCCAUUGAACCUACUUCAUCCCAGGUGCACAACACCAAAAUGUCAGAAGUGAGGAAACAGAGAAGAAAUGUGACCUCAAAACCUAGUGACUCAAGUAUAUAUUCGCCGCUGACUUCUUUUAUCACUGCUGAUUCAGAAUUGCAUGACAUUAUUAAAGAUCUGGAGGACUGUUUAGUGGUGGGUCUUCAUACUUGUGGUGACCUUGCACCAAACACUCUUCGGAUAUUUGCAUCCAAGUCUGAAGUCAAGGGAGUUUGCAGUGUGGGUUGUUGCUACCAUCUUUUAUCUGAAGAAUUUGAAGACCAGCAUAAAGAAUAUGCUCAAGAAAACUGGGGCUUUCCAAUGUGCCGCUAUCUGAAAGAGGAGAGAUGGUGUUGCGGCCGUAAUGCAAGAAUGUCAGCGUGCUUGGCAUUGGAACGGGUUGCAGUUGGCCAAGGGCUGCCCACUGAAUCACUCUUCUAUCGUGCUGUCCUGCAGGAUAUCAUUAAAGAUUAUUAUGGCAUCACCAAAUGUGAUCGGCACGUUGGUAAAAUUUAUUCCAAAUGUUCUUCCUUUCUGGAUUAUGUCAGAAUGUCUCUAAAGAAGCUUGGAUUAGAUGAGUCCAAGGUCUCUGAAGAAAUUAUAAUGGAUUACUAUAAGAAAUAUAAACCUAGAAUGAAUGAGCUGGAGGCAUUUAAUAUGUUGAAAGUCGUUCUGGCUCCUUGCAUAGAAACACUGAUUCUUCUUGAUCGACUGUGUUACCUAAAGGAACAGGAAGAUGUAGUGUGGUCCGCUCUUGUGAAGUUGUUUGACCCUGUCCAGUCUCCCAGGUGCUAUGCUCUCAUUGCCCUGAAGAAGCAGCAGUGACCGCAACAGAAGUCAGAUUGUUUGGGAACUUACCUCGAAGAUUACUUUUCUAAACAUUUAUAUUUUAAAUAAUUGCUAUAUCUUAAGUCAUAAAAUAAUGGCUAACAACGUAAGAUCAUAAUCAGUUUUUCCAUUCUCAAAGCAUACAUUAAUAAAAUAAGAACUUAUGAAAAUAUUAUGGCCAACAUUCCUGAGUGUGUCAAUAGCAGAUUGUAAUCUGAUUUUAAUUCUUGUUCAAUAUUUG